AUGCCUGGCACCUGCAACCCACCCUUUCCACGUGGCAAAGAGCACCGAGAGAGCAGACACAGGAGCAGCCUGAGCACCCGGAGACAGAACAUGAAGGCUUCCCUCUGGCUCCUGGGCACAGUGUUCCUCCUGAGCUCAGCGCACACCCGAGGUCUCAGGAGAUGUCUGAUUGCCAUGGACAUGCGCCAUAUAGGAGAGAGCUUCCAACAAAUCAAAGGAGCCAUCCAAGCUAAGGACACCUUCCAAAAUGUCACCAUCCUGUCCACAUCGGGGACCCUGCACAGCAUCAAGCCCUUAGAUGUGUGCUGUGUGACCAAGAACCUCCUGGCGUUUUACAUGGACAGGGUGUUCAAGGACCAUCAGGAGCUGAACCCCCAGAUCUUGAGAAAAAUCAGCAGCAUCGCCAACUCUUUCCUCUACAUGCAGAAGGUUCUGCAGCAAUGCCAGGAGCAGAGGCUGUGUCACUGCGGGCAGGAAGCUGCCAAUGCAACCAGAAUCAUCCAUGACAACUACAAUCAGCUGGAGGUCAGGUCUGCUGCCCUCAAGUCUCUGGGAGAGCUGGACGUCUUCUUGGCCUGGAUCGACAAGAAUUAUCAAGGAACUCCUGCCUCCUGACACAGAAUCUGGUUGCCCAGGUGAACAGCUUGGGAGGUUUCCAGGAGACAGCCUCAAGCAGGUCAAACUCGUGGCCACGGGAACCUUUGAGUUUGAGGUGCUUGGCCUACAUUGAAGGACAGGGAGAUGGGGAAGACCCCCAUUUUAAUGCAAAUGAGCAUGAUCUUAAAGCAACUUCUCUGCGGAUUUAGAAUUCUCUCCUCUGGGGCUGAGGGAUUGUAGGGCAAAAUCUAGGUUUGGAUGGAUCUGGCUCUGUAGCUGGAAGUCCCAGGCUGUCUGGCCCCACCUGAAAAUAACCUACUGGUCUACUGUCAUAUUUAUAAUGAAAUAUGUUCUUUGAAAGGUCUCGCGGGCCAUCCUGGAGGAAAAGGACUGGCUUCCCCUAAUUUAUUGUGAGCUUGUUGAUCCAUGUCUGUGAUGUGAGCUGAGUGAUAUCCUGUAGUGCAUAUUGUACUGACUGA